UUCCCACUACACUCAAGAACAACAUAAACCAAAGUCUUUCACUUUCUAAGCUUACCCACUUACCCAUCCAUGGCUUCCUCUGCUAAAUCCCUUUCUUUCCUCUUCCUUCUCUUCCUCAUCUCUUCUCUCCAAAUUCAUGCUAGGGAGAGCCAAUUCUUUAGCAAGGUCACCCGUGACAACAACAGCAGCAGCAACAACAACAACAACAACAAUGCUGCUGCCAAAGAGACUGAAGUCAUCCCUGAGAAUGAAGAAGUUUCACAUACCCAAGAGGAGGAGCCAAGCUUCACACCACAGAACCAUAAUGGCUUUGGCCUUUAUGGUCAAGCUUCAGAGAAGUUCUCACCCAACUCUGUCAAUUUCCCUGAAAAGGCCCACACCCAACAAUACACUCAUGAAAACUAUAAGCAGCAGAGCUUCACUACUGGCUACCCCACCAACAACUACAGGUACAGCACCAAGCAACAAGGCAUGACCAAUGAGAAUGAGAUGAAGCAAGAAGGCAUGAGUGACACCAGAUUCUUGGAGAAUGGCAAGUACUUCUAUGGUAACAACAAUCAGAAUCAGAAUCAAAAUGGGUAUGCCUCAUACAGAGAAGUUGAGUCAAGUAAAGGUAGGGGAGGCUACAACGGUGUUAAUGAGAACACUAAUGAGUUCUCAUCCAAUACUAUGGGUAGGGGAGGUUACAAUGGUGUUAAUGAGAACACUAAUGAGUUCUCUAAUUCCUUGGGCAGGGGAGGUUACAAUGGUGUUAAUGAGAACACUAAUGAGUUCUCCAAUACCAUGGGUAGGGGAGGCUACAAUGGUGUUAAUUAUAAUAAGAACACUGAUGAGUUCACCAAUUCCAAGGGUAGGGGAGGCUACAAUGGUGGGAGGCUACAAUGGUGUUAA